AUGGAAGACCCCCAGGAUGGCCUCAAGUGGUUUGGCGAGGGAUUUGACGGGUUCCCCAAGAAACUACCCGACGACGUUGUGGAAUACAUCGUCUUUAUCAUAGACUCUACACUCUCCGACAUCCAAACCAGAGAAAGAUUGCAGAGAUUUCAACGUGCAUUGAACACGCUGGAAAUGAAAUUUCUCAAGGAGUAUAUUUGGCAACGCGAUUCGCUGAAACUUGAACUUGUCCGCGAAGAACAAAGAUGGCUACUUCGAGGCCACACCAACUAUGGGGAUAGUAUAGUGGACGAAUGGCUGAUCGUUUACCUUUUGCGUGAGCUAAGCAAAGAAUUCAAGGAUGCUUGGAUACGCAUAUACGAUAGUGAUGGAGAGUUUCUACUCAUCGAAGCUGCGAAUGCGCUGCCCGAGUGGCUCACUCCAGAAGUUGCAGAUAACAGGGUAUGGAUAAACAGUCAUAGACUGCUGAUAGUUCCCUUGGGCAAGGAGGAGGACCCUGCACCGCUCUCCCAGAAUCAAGUCCUACAAAUAAUACGUGACACCCCAGGGCGACCUCAACAGUACAUCAAGGUCGAGAAAGAGGCAUUCCAUCGAUUGAGUGGCUAUCCCACUGCCAUCGCAGACAAUCAGCAUCAUGCGACAGUGCCCCUCCCAAGAAAAGUUGCCCAUUUCCUACAUCUCAAUCCAUCGUACAUUGCUCCACUAGUAGAGGCGUUCUACCUCCGCGACCCCAUCUCAAUACGUCUGCUGCAGCCCGAAAAAUCAAAGGUACCUCUUGUAUUCCCACCGGAAGACUUCGUCGACGUUAGUGUGCGUUGUACGAAAGUACUAUACGCGCAGCUGCUUGGACAGCAUUGGGAACCACCUGCACCAUGGGACUCUGCACUGAAACAGCUCGUAAAAUCAGGAAAGCCAAUCGAGAAAGCUGAAAUUGGCCUCAAAAUCACAGCUGGCAUGCAGAUGCUAGUUUCGCAUUCCAUCUAUGCCUCACAAAAAUCUGCACGCGAGAUUACUAUACUUCUCGAGGACCUCAAGAAUGGCGAUGACUCACUUCCUACGAAUGCCGAGAUUGCUAGCUGGCCAAAACGCGACGAUGACGAAGGCUGGCUUAAUAUUGAUUUUGCCGAAUUCGAGAGGGAAUUGGAGGGUAAAGGCAGCAAAGGACACCGGGGCUUUGGCGACAAGAAUGCACAAGAAAAUCUGAAAAUGAUGGUUGCCCGAUUCAACGAUUUCCUGGCCGACAAUGAAGCGGGCGCGGAAGGUGCGGACGGCGGAUUUGACCCUAUGGACGAGGACAAUGAUUCAGAUGCAGGAGAGAGAGGGUGGGAUGAUCCUGAAGAUACGGAUGCUGAGUAUGCCGAGUACGAGAAGUACUACCAAAAGUUCAUGACGCUCUCUGCAGCGGAAAAAGCUAUUCUUACAGAUGAAGCACGUGCUUUAGCACGCGAACAAGAUGCUGAGAAAGAUGAAGACGAAGAGAUUCGAAAGCUGAGCGAAAUGAUGGAAGCAGAGUUGUUCAGCCACGGCGCUUUGAACAUCAACCCAAAGUCUGACCAAAAGUCAAUAUCGGGAGUUGCUUUGCCUGGAAAAGACAAAGGUAAGGGCAAAGCGAAACCCUCAGAGGUUGACAGUGCGGAAGAGGACGAAGAGGACGACGACGGUGAUGAUUUACUCGAUGAAGACUACAACCUUGCAGAUAACAUGCUGAAGGCGUUUAAAGGCCAAGCUGGAAUGGCCGGGCCGGCAGGAAAUAUGAUGAGAGCCAUGGGUGUACAAUUUCCGCAGGAUGCUGACGAUGAAAGCAAGAGUGGGCCGUCCAAGCACUAG